AAUAGUAAUUAUUCAAAACGUUCUCUCCGUUCAGGUUUCACCUCCAAACCCUAAACAAAAGGGCGCUUUUUGUUCUUGUGGGAAUCUCCCAUUUCCUUUUGUUGCAUUGGCCAUUUCCACAUUUGUUCGUUCGUCGUCGUCGUGAAAGUUGCUUUUUUCGUUAUCAAUUCCCUUUUCCCGGGGCUAAGCCGCGUGUGAAGUUUUAUCCGCGAGAGACGUGCCGGCCAGGUGUGUAUCUCCUCCUUCUUUUCUCCCCUUCCUGCAUGUCUGACAGCCCGACGACGGCUGCAUGAGAGACGGGCUGUGUCCUCUUUCUUUUUUUCAUCUCAUUGACCAGCCAUCCGCUUUCCCUUCAUUUCCCUUUAGCGGGCGGCAGUGCCACUCCUUGUCCUGUGGCGUUAGAUCGCUAAAACCUACACAGACAACCAUUACACUCUUACUGUCUUCAUCUCAGUGACGGCUCCUUUCGGGACCAGAACUGAACAUGGGAGCAGGCAUCAGUAAAGAGCAUGCCGGCCUUCCGGUGGCGUAUGCUCUGAUUGAUUCUGGAGAAUCAUCGGCUUCGAACCGAGAAUCCCGGCCACACCGUGGCCAAGAAAUAGCGCCAUCACUGGCAGUUAUAGAUAGAGAGGAUGAGCGACGAAGACCUUGGGGCAAUCGAUCAGAGCGUGGUGAGCGACAGGGACUGGGAGGACUUUUUGCAAGAGCAAAGGACGGACGUUUGCCAUCCUCAUUUUCCCUGAAUGACCUUGAUAUACUAUUGAAUGAAUCCUCCGACGAGGUCACCGAUGGCUUGACCGAUGUCUAUCGCCUCGACAGAGCUGCAGAAGAGAGCCUCAGGCGAAAUAAUAUGAAAGCCAUCAAAUUUGGUCAAUUAACGUCCGUCAGCACAAUCGGGUUGUGCUCCCAAGCCUUGGUCCGGCUGUCCCCCAAUAUUGGUCUUCUCUCAACAACAACUACACUCCACCUGUGCUGUAAUGAUCUAACCGAAAUACCCCCCGAAAUUGGUCACAUGAAGAAUCUUGUGCAUCUAUCCGUCGCAUCAAAUCGCCUCACAUCGCUACCAGACACUAUUGGCUUUCUCACAAAGCUGAUAGAACUCAAGGCGUCUGACAAUUUACUUGAAACCAUCCCCUCGUCAAUAGGCAGUUUAAAGAAGCUUGCGUCCCUCCAUCUCGAAAACAAUUGUAUCACAUCACUGCCCCCGGAGUUAGGGCAAGUCAAAACUCUCACAACCUUGGAGUUGUCAAAGAAUCCACUCACGGUAAUUCCCGCUGAGCUUAACCGCCUAAAGUUCCUCCGCACGCUUGCAUUGAAAGAGUGUCCCUUGCGGACAAAGUUUGAAGUGGAGAAAGUGAACUCUCCCCCAACUCUCAAGGAAUUGGCCGCCCGCGUUAUCGUACGCCAGCAGCUACCAAUCCUUGAGGUGACACACGACGAAUUGAAAGCGUACCUAGCAUCGGCGCAUAAAUGUACUUUCUGCGGUGGACCUUACUUUGAAAGUGUCUGUUUACGUGGCAGAAUCGUGGAGCGGAAUGACGUUAAAGUGCCCUUGGAAUACAGGCUCUGUUGCCCGCAUUGGAAUUCUGAUGAAGAACGGCUAUCUCUCCUAUUCUGUCCCCUCCCAGAGACUGCGCCAAGCCCCAUCCCCUCUGCGCCCGGAUCUCCUCUUCCUUCCCCUCCCGGCUCUCCAGCUUCCGUCCGGCGACGAAAACCAACAAUGACGCGAUCAGGAUCCUGUACACUACCUUUGAGUUCCCUCACCAAAAACCCUAGCCUUCCGUCGCUUCCAACCGUGGUGGAGUCCAGGGGAUUGAAGUCGGCAUUGCUAAGGAGAAGCGGACUGAGGAAUAGUCGAUCACUUAGUUUCACAUCGUAGGGACAAUUGUCGAACAUAGAGAUGGGCUGUGAAUGUAGGAUGUAGUUGGGUCUUUUACCCGUACGAUUUAUAAUGGGUUGAGACUGUAGAUUAGGUGUUGUUCAUAUAUAGGUAUUGAUCUGUUUAUGUGUUUUUGCCAAGUUUGUCCAUUUACGAAUAAUCAUCAUGACGAGUAAUUUGAUUAUCUUCAGAGUCCAG